AUGAUGUUCUCAAGAAUCACAGAAUCUUUUCUGCUACUGCUUUUCUUGCUAUUGUGGGAUAGCGCUCUGGCUGCCCCGUCUCCUGUCGUCUUGGUACCUGGAGAUGGCGCAUCUGUCUUGGAAGCGAGAUUCGAAAAGGAGACUGUGCCACACAUCAUGUGGUGUUCCAAAUCCACGCAUGGCAAGUGGAAACGCAUUUGGAUCCCCAACCCUGUGGAUCUGCUACCGAAAACAAUCGACUGCUGGUCGGACACCAUGAUGCGUCAUUACAACGACACUCAUGUGUUUAAUACCCGCGGCGUGGAAAUCCGACCCAAACCAGGAACGCUCAUUCGCAACACGUACCAAAAACUCAUUGAUGUCUUGACAGUCGUCAAGGUCUUGACCUAUGAUUUUCGGGUGGCGCCCAAUCAUGACUUGAUGAUCGAGUUGAAACAGACGGUGGAAGAUCUUUACCACACGAAUAAUGGUAGCAGCAAAGUCACGGUGAUUUCUCAUUCCAUGGGGGGCCUUCAUUGUCACUACUUUUUCACACGAGUUGUUGAUCAAGCCUGGAAGGACCAAUACAUUCAUGCGUGGAUUCCCAUGUCACCGGCAUAUGGAGGAGUCGUCUACGGUCUCAAGCAAGUCAUUAGUGGUGAUCAUGUUCACAUUCCCUGGUUGACCAACAAGGAUCUCGUGCAAGAACAACGAUCCUGCGAGGGCAGUUUGUGGUUGCUCCCUCGUCCGGAAAUCUAUGGCAACGAAGUGUUGGUGCAGACGCCACAGCACAAUUACACGGCCCACAACUAUUCCACACUACUGACUCGUGCCGCUGGCUUUACUGCAUUUGAUCAUCAGUGGAGUUUUGUCAAAGACCUCACCGCGUUUGAUGAUGAUGAUCAGAAGUUGGCAGACCCGCGCAUCCCCGUGUAUCCCAUGUACGGGUUCAACAGGACCACAGUCCAGUACUAUCGAUAUGGCGCGUCCCUCGCGGAGGAACCCGAGGUGAUUAGCACCCUACAGGGUGAUACCAUUGUCAAUAAGGCCAGCUUGGAAGCAGGCAAUCAUUGGUCGCAAGCCAAAGAACCGUUGGUGGUUAGUGGCAUUGAUCACACUGGCAUCUUAGCAGAACCAACGGCAAUUCACCGAGUACAACGUAUUCUGGAACAAGCAGAUACAGAUACAAAGUCUUCCACCUUGCUUCGACUUGGCUAA